GUGUGUUGUACAGCUGACUGGUCUUGUGUUUGUUCCUCCCGCCGAUGGGUCAUCCCGUCCUUCACUCAUACUUCCGCAGUUCCUGUUCAUGGCGUGUAAGGACCGCUCUUGCCUUGAAAGGAAUCAACUAUGAAUAUAAAGCUGUGAACCUACUGAAGUCAGAACAGCUUUCUGAUGCCUACCGUACAAUAAAUCCAUUGGGGCAAGUUCCUGCAUUAGAGAUCGAUGGUGUUAUGAUGACGCAGUCACUUCCUAUCAUAGAAUACCUGGAGGAGACCAGACCAACUUGUAGCCUCUUUCCAAGAGACCCAAUCAAAAGAUUCAUGACACGUCAGGUAGCAGAAAUGAUCAAUGCAGGGAUCCAGCCUCUUCAGAAUCUUAGCAUGAUCAAGUUCAUUGGAGCAGACCGAAAGAUGGAAGUAGGAAACACACUCAUCACCAAAGGCUUUGAAGCUCUUGAGAAAACCCUUGAGAACACCUCCGGCAAGUACUGCAUUGGGGAUGAAGUCACUGUAGCUGAUCUCUUCCUUGCACCACAGGUCUACAAUGCUUUGAGAUUUAAUGUGAACAUGGCAACUUUUCCAAUCAUCUCAAGGAUCAACGAUGGUCUUGCUGAACUUGAUGCCUUUAAGGUCAGCCAUCCUUCCAAGCAGCCAGAUUGCCCUGAAGAUCUCAGACAAUGAAAGGUCUCUAAAUUGAAUAGAUAGAAUAUUAAAAUGAGUAAUAUGAGCAAGAUCAGUGUCAAACGGUCUUGACAGUAUGGAAUUGGCAUGUACCAAGAGACAAAUUCUUGUUGGGUAGUAGGUUCCAAAAGUCAGUUGCACAAAAAAAUAUUGAUCCACAAUGCACAAUACCAAUAGAGAAAAUAAACAAUGCCUUUUGAAGAAAAUGUUUUCUAUCCUACUGUGCCAUUUCAAAUACCUGUCAUAAAUUGUAGUAUUUUGCAUUCAGAUAUUAUUUUGCAUUAGUGACUUUUGGAAGUUAGCUUCGCCGAAAAGUAAUGUUCAAAAUGUCACCCAACACUGACCAUUGUCUGAUAUAGAAGAAAUGUGAAUGAUAUCAAUGUAAAGUUUCAUUUACAUUGAUGGCAGUAACCCUCUUUAUAAGAAGAAUGAAUAUCAAUCCUCUCGGGAACUACUCCUUUCAAUUUCUCUUAAAACGUUGAAUAUGUACAAAAUCAUGAUCAUGUAUGUAUUUAUAAGAGCAAUACAGUCAUUUUUUUGAAAAAUUUUGUUUGAAUUCUUUCAAGAUUUACUACAUACAUACCGGUUGUGAAUGUAUCCUAUUACUCAUAUUUUUUUUCAGAAAUGAGUAACUUCUAGUUUUUCAAUAAAACACAUCUUGCAUAUGAUAUGGUUCACAAAAGAUAUAUCUUGUUUAAGGGUUGCAAUAGGUAGGUAUUACCAAAAUGAGGAAUUCAUUGGAUUGUAGUGUAGGGAGAAUGAAAUGCACUGGCGAUAUGAGAAUAGUCAUUUAGUCAGUUUAAUACUGGCUGAAAAUAAUAUGUCUUCAUGAUAUGAAGAAAUAUUUUGAUUAUUUAUUUACUUGAAUUAUUUCAUCUACCUUAUAAAAGUUUAUAUUUUCUUUGUUUUCCCUCGGUCAUUGUAUGAUCUUUCAAAUGUAAAUUGUAUCAUUUUUAAUUUCCAUAUGUGGAGAUUUCGUACUGAGUACAUAUUUUUGAAGACCAUAUUUCAGUACAGGAUUAAAUAAUCAUGUAUUUAAAAAAUAUAAUCUCUUUGGGUUUUUUGUUAUGUAAAAAGGAAAUAAAGAGUAGACUAGUUUAUAGUUUGCCCAUAUCUCAAA